AUGGAAUUUUUAGGGAUAGAAAACUUGCAAAUGCGUACUGACGCCCAUAGAGAACACCUCUCGCGCUACGGAGAGACAACAAUAUCGUAAAACAACACUAAAAGAAAGACAAGGAAAUACAAAUAAACCAAAUAAGAAUACUUUUGCGCAAUACGCAAUGGGUCGUCUGGAGCCCAGCUCACCCUUUCACUGGGUGUAGGAUGGGAACAAGCCUUUACCCAGACGAGGAUAUCCGAGGAAUACCAAGAAGAAUGAUGAAGAAAGACAUGAGUUUAAACCUGGACGACCAGAACAGCUCCAACCUCAAGCCAGAUUUAAGGGAUGCUGAGGGAAUUCUUAAUUCACCCGAUUUGGGGCUCCUCAAGCUGGCGUCUCCAGAGCUGGAGAGGCUGAUCAUCCAGUCCAACGGGAUGGUGACCACCACACCGACCUCCCAGUUCGUCUACCCGAAGUCGGUGAGCGACGAGCAGGAGUUCGCGGAGGGCUUCGUCAAAGCCCUGGAGGACCUUCACAAGCAGAACCAGCUGAACGGUGGCCCGUGCGUUCCGCCGACGCUCAACAGACUCGCCAGCAGCACCAGCCUCGCCUUGCCCACGGACCUGCCCGUGUACACGAACUUGAGCACGUACGGAAGUACCACGGUGAACUAUUCCACGGACACCAUUCCGUUCCCACCGCCGCCGCCCGCGCACCCGAUGGCCGCGCAACAGCAGCAGCAGCAGCAGCAGCUGCUAAAGGACGAGCCGCAGACCGUGCCGGACAUGCAGAGCUUCGGCGACAGUCCGCCGCUCUCCCCCAUCGACAUGGACACGCAGGAGCGCAUCAAGGCCGAGAGGAAGAAGCUGCGUAACCGGAUCGCCGCCUCCAAAUGCCGCAAGAGGAAACUGGAGCGGAUAUCCCGGUUGGAAGACAAAGUGAAAACUCUGAAGAGCCAAAACACGGAGCUCGCGUCCACGGCGAGCGUUCUGAGAGAGCAAGUGGCGCAGUUAAAACAGAGAGUGAUGAACCACGUCAAUAACGGCUGUCAGCUGCUGCCUAAUCAAGUUCAAGCUUAUUAAUGACAUUCGACUUUAUCUGUCAGUGUUUGGGUGCUUGACAAAAAAAAACAUGCUCUGGUUUGGUUGUGCUACAUUGCGAAUAUAUUAUUCACAAUAAAGCACGACCUUAAGUGGCUUUUAUAAAAGAAAUAAUUAAAAAAGUAGCCUUUUAAUUAAAACCUUAUUUAAUUAAGCUAAUUCACAAAACUUCAUAUGUGCGCAGUGAUACAGCGAAUCAUCACCACCUUUGGAAAGCUCGCUCCGAGUAUAUCCGUGUGUGUUGCUUGGAAGCACGAGACGCUCGAUCAUAUUUUGGUUUCUUUUGGAACUAUUUUCGUUGUGUUUAUUAUAAUAAUGGAUUCCGCCAAAAGAUAUAGUCCCUGACACGACAGAACUAUAGCGAUUGUUCGCGUCAUAUUUUUAGCGAUUGAUCAAUCCUUUUUUAUUUCAUAUAGGCCUACUAUAUUUUUGAUUGGGCGAGCAGCGUUCCUAAAGUUUUCCUAAAACAUCUCUGGAAAGUUCUCUCUUUGUAUUAGUGCGUUGCUUGGCAACACGAUCGUGUUUUGGUUUCUUUUGGAACUAAUUUUGGUGCUUUGAUAUUUUAUUAAAUCAUUAUUAGGCUAUAAUAAUUGCCUUCAUUCCGAUAAAAUACAGUCCCAGACUUGACUGCAUGUUGCUAUGCAACAAAACUAAAGUUUCUGAUGGUGUUUUGUAUGAAAGCUUAUUUCUGCCAUGAAAUAAAAAAAAAAUAAAUAAAAAGGUAAUUGCAA